AAACUAGUGGCGUUUUGUGACGAGAUGAAAAUGGCGGCGGAUGGCCGACUGCCGACUUUAUCGGAUAUUAUACAUAUAAAACUGCGAUUUUAAACCAGCGUUCUCUGUCGAUUUUAACAGAACUUAAUUGUCAUUUAAUAUUACCCGAUUUUAAUGAUUUCCUAAACUCUUUGGGUGGAGUUUUCCAAAAGACAAAACGGAAAGUUCCCUUGGAAAUAAUAGAUUGUUCGCUGUCUGCGGUUGCAUUUUAAACUCGGACGUUCGUUUUAGUUUAGCUAACAGUUUGUUGUUCAGCAUAAGAAAAUGUGUGUGAACUAACGUUACUUGCCGCAAAUAACCCAGGACUGGUAACCCCCCCCCCCCCUCACCCCCCUAAAACUAGCCAGACAAGUGUCUAAAUUGUAUUAAUAGUAAGCUACACUCCAUAGCUAACUUUAGCUAUAACACGCUAAACGCUAGAUAAUGUACCACACUAUAAUCCCAAAUGCAAUAUUGGCGCUAUAAACACAAACAACAAUUUUCUAGUUAAUCCCAUUCUCUCGGUAGGGUUUUGUUUUGGUGAUCGACAACAAUGCUUCCCUUUAGUGGGGGAUAGCUAGCAUCUUUACUAUUUCACUAGCUAUGUCUUAGUGGUAAUUAUCUACCGUUAGCUGUAAAAAAAUUAAUAAACUACGUUACAAUGUGUAAACGCUCUUUAUUCGUACGGUGUUUUUUAAUCAAAUCAAAAUGUAUUAACUUGGCUACGUUUCUGACUGUAUUUUAGAUUUAGUUUGUCCGAUUUGAAGGGCUAUUUUAACCCGCAAGUGACAGUAGACAUAGCUAAUUUCUAGUAGUGUAAUGUUUAAGUUAGUUUAGCUCUGUCAAAUAAAGUCAAACUACAUUUCCAAUCACGAGCUAGUUGUAGUGUUCAGUAGCUUGACAGCGCAGUCAGGCACCCACGUGUAUCGGCGAACCGCCUACCAAAGCAGUCCACUGUCUCAAGUGAAAGUCAUUAAACAUGGAAGAUAAGCGUCGACCACGAUUCAGCAAGCGACUGCGGUCGGGCACGAGGCGGCGCUACCAUGACGAUGGGAUCUCGGACGACGAGAUCGAGGGGAAGAGGACCUUUGACCUGGAGGAGAAGUUGAGGAGCGAAAGGUUCACCUCAGACAGGGUGAAACGCAUGGAGGGAAAAGACCUCACGUUUGAGUACAUCCAAAGAGGUGGGUUGAGGGACCCGAUCAUCUUUGAGAAGCCAGACGGACUGGGCAUCAAGAUGCCAGAUCCAGACUUCAGUGUGAACGACGUCAAGAUAUUUGUCGGCAGCAGGCGUAUGAUUGACGUGAUGGAUGUGAGCACUCAGAAGGGUAUAGAGAUGUCUAUGGCCCAGUGGCGACGUUACUACGAGACGCCCCCCUCCCAGAGGGACAAACUCUACAACGUCAUCAGCCUGGAGUUUAGCCACACCAAACUGGAGAACCUGGUCCAGAGGCCUACAUCGGUGGACAUCAUAGACUGGGUGGACAACAUGUGGCCUCGGCACCUGAAGGAGAGACAGAGAGACUCCACCAACUCCAUCACAGACAUGCAGUACCCCAAAGUGCAGAAGUACUGUCUAAUGAGUGUGCAGGGCUGCUACACGGACUUCCACAUUGACUUCGGAGGUUCCUCGGUCUGGUACCACAUACUGCGGGGAGGCAAGGUGUUCUGGCUGAUCCCGCCCACGCCUCAGAACCUGGAGCUGUAUGAGGACUGGGUGUUGUCAGGGAAACAGGGAGACAUCUUCCUGGGAGACAAGGCCCAGGACUGUCAGAGGAUAGAGCUGAAGCAGGGCUAUACCUUCAUGAUCCCUUCAGGUUGGAUCCAUGCGGUCUACACUCCAGUGGACACCCUGGUGUUUGGGGGAAACUUCCUCCACAGCUUCAACAUCCCCAUGCAGCUCAACAUCUACAGCAUCGAGGACAGGACACGGGUACCAGCUAAGUUCCGUUACCCGUUCUACUAUGAGAUGUGUUGGUACGUGUUGGAGAGAUACCUCUUCAGUCUGACCAACACCUCCUACCUCACGCCUGACUUCCAGAAACACUCCCUGGGCAUCGGUCUUACCAGAGACCCCUCCACCUGUGAGUCGGUCAACGGCCACACACAGAAGGAGGAUGAAGAGGAGGCUCCCCCGACGCGGGGCUCUAAGCCCGGGGUGAAGGUUCACCUGACGCCCUUUGAGCUGGAGGGGCUGUGGAACCUGCUGGGGAAGCUGGAGUCACUGCCCUCACAGAAGAACUGUGUCCCGGCGGGCAUACACAAUGCUCCCGCGCUGCUGCACGACAUCAGGGCCCUGCUGAAGGAGCAUGCUAAUGACAUCCCCAAACUGUCCUACACUGGAAAGCCCAUCGUCAAGUGGCCCACUAGGCCGUCGUGGUACCAGCCUCCUCCCCCUCCUCCGCCGGUGGCUCGUCCCAAGCUGUCUGCCACGGUGGUGACCCCGCGCCCCCAGAAGCCCGCCUCCUCCAUGUCCGUGCUGCGGCGGCGGCGCGUGCGGUGUAAGCGCUGCGAGGCGUGCGUCAGGACGGAGUGCGGGGACUGUAACUUCUGCAGGGACAUGAAGAAGUUCGGCGGGCCGGGGAAACUCAAACAGACCUGCGUGCUCCGACAGUGUCUGGCGCCGGGUCUGCCCCUGUCAGUGGUGUGUGAGCUCUGUGGAGAGGGGAACCAGGAGGGAGGAGAGGGGCCAGUCUUCGCCCUCACCCUCAUGGAGUGUUCCAACUGUGCCCAGAUAGCCCACCCCGCCUGCCUCAAGGUAACAGGGGAGGGUGUGGUGAACACAGAUCUGCCCAGCUGCUGGGAGUGUCCCAAAUGUGUUCUGGGAAUCACCGACACUGAGUCUUCGGGUACCGAUGAUGAUGACGACAGCGGGGCGUCCAUUGGCCUCGGUGCUGGCGCAAGCCCCCUCUCCCCCGCCGCCCUCUCCUCCUCCCAGGGGCCUCUAGGGGUCUCCAUGGAGCCAGGCUCUGCUCCUGGGUUGGGGGAUGAGGGCUGGGGCAGGGCGUUACUGCUACACCCAGGGCUGGUUCCCAAUCCCCCCUCCUCCUCCUGGUCCUCAGAGGCGCCCCUUCCCUCCCCUGGUCAGCUACUACCACAGCAGCGCGGCCUCAAGCGGGCGGGGAGAUGGGCAAGCGGGCGCAGGAAGAGGGUGAAAGGGGACAAGAAUAAAAUGUUACACGCGAAACGCAAGUCUUCUUCGUAUCUCGACGGCCGCAUCGCCAAGAUCUAUCGUCGCCGAGACGACGACGAUGACUCAGGCAGCGAUGAUGACGACGACGACGAUGAGGAUGAUGAUGAUGAGGAAGGCUCCAGGGGCGGAGGAGGCGGCGCGGGGAGGAAGAUGUCCGGACCACGCCCUCGCGGCAGUGGCUCCGCCUCUCGAAGAGGCUACGGGACUGGGAGGCGAGGCAUUUGGAGAGGCUCCUCCCACAGAGGGGCAGGUCGUGGGAGUGGGCUGGCCCCUCACUCCUCCCUGAAGAUGAGGCGUGGCAGAGGGGGGCUGGGGGUGGGGCGAGGGGACAGGGAGGGGGGGCGCAGGGAGAGAGGCGGGAGAGUGCGCCUCCGGGGAGGCACCAGGAUGCAGAGACGCAGGGACGAGUCAGAGGACGACGAUGAUGAUGAUGACGACGACGAUGAAGAUGACGACAGCGAGGAAGAUCCGCAGCAUCACCACCGGCAACGCCGCAGGCGGAGGAGAACGGACGACGAGGAAGACGACGAUGAAGACGAGGAAGACAGCUCUGCUCGGGACCUGGAGGGGGAGGAUGAGGAUGUGGACGAGGAUGACGAGGAUGAGGAAGACGACGAGAACCAGUCAGACUCCGAACCAGAGCCUCCCGUUCUCCUGGUGUCUGACCUUAACGACGACUUCCUAAACGGCUCGUACCUGACAGUGACCCUACAACGCCCCCCCAGGGCUAAACGCCACCCCGGCUCCAUCGUGCCCAAGCUGGAGGCCGCCAUGUCUCCCAGAACCCACGGCGGCGGUCCAGGUUACGUCCAGCAUAAAACCCUCGGGAAGACGCGGCACAAAAACGGCACGGUCGCCGCCGGCAAUGGCCUGGCACAGCCCGCCAAGAAUCCAGUGGGCCGGCCGCCUCGUCACCGCAUCAACAAUCCCCACGGCGACACAGCAGACAGGGAAAGAGAGAGGGACACUGCCUCUCCUUCCUCCUCCGACUCCUCGGCCUCCCCCACCCCUCCUCCCCACUCCUCCCACUCUCCUUCCUCGCUCCUGUCGCUUCCCUCCUUCAAGGAUGUAGGAAACGAGAAAGGAGGGGAGAAGGAGGUGUGGGUGGCGGUGUUCCGUUACCUGAGCAGAGCCGAGCUGGCUAGCUGUAUGACUGUCUGUAAGGCCUGGUACAAAUGGAGUUGUGACAAGCGUCUGUGGAGUGGUGUGGAUGUAUCGCGUUGUCCCUCUCUCUCCUCCCAGGCCCUGCAGGGCAUCAUCAAACGUCAGCCCACCUCCCUGGACCUCUCCUGGACCCCCGUGUCCAAGAAACAGAUCACCCUGCUCAUACACCGCCUGCCAGGUCUGAAGGAGUUGAUGAUAGCAGGUUGCUCCUGGUCGUCCAUGUCAGCCCUGUCCACCCCCAGCCUGCCGUGCCUCCGUACCCUGGACCUGCGCUGGGCAGAGGGGGUCAAAGACACCCAGAUCAGGGACCUGGUCACACCACCAGGUUGUGACAGUCGGUCUCGGCUGCGUGGCUGUGUGGUGCUGCGUCUAGCUGGCCUGGACAUAAGUGACUCCACCCUGAGGCUGAUUCUCCGUCACAUGCCCCUGCUAGAGAGGCUGGACCUGGCCCACUGCAGAGACCUCACUGACCAGUCCAUCUGCCUGCUCACCGCCGCCGGCACACACACACGUAACACACUCACGGAGAUCAACCUCGCAGGCUGUAACAAGCUGACGGACGGCUGUCUGGCGUACCUGAAGAGGGCGUCUGGCCUGGCGCUGCUGGACCUGCGGGGCUGUAAAGGUGUGACGCGGCAGGGCUGCGAGGGCUUCAUCUCGGACCUCUCUCACUGCGUCCUGUUCUGUAUGACGGAGGAGAAACUCAUCCAGAGGAUAUCGUAAAACCGACGCCCCCCCUCGUUCGUACCCCUACGCAAGGGGCACACAGAGACCCCACACCAGCCAGGGGGGAGAGAGGGGGAGCAGCAAACACCCCUCCCCCGAAACGGAGAACAAGCGCUCCAGAAAAAAAGGAGGGCGAGCAAAAGAAAAAGAUGUAAAGAUGUUCGCACUCCUCACUACGGGUGAUAGGAAGACAUGGAGGGGUGGUGGAAGGAGAGGGUAGAAUGUGCUGUUGCAGCGUCAUGUGUUUAUUAGGCGGGUUAGGAGUUCUGAAUAGCACAGACACUUGUUAGUGUUGUUCACGCUACAUGGCUGAAAAUGGGAACCCUAUGGAUUGAAUGUGGGUGUUUGUAAGAUGUGGUCCCACAAAGCCGUAGAGUGAAUCAGGGUUUAGAUUUCAUAGGGGGUUGAGAGGGAAGGGGACUGGAGGAGGGGACUGGAGAAGACUCCGACGUGACUGGUAUCCCACUAGGUCCAGACUCUAUGCUGAACUUUCCAUGGACUCCUUGGGAAACCGAGCCGUCGGGAUGAUUAAAUGCGAACGGGUGCCAAACCUGUCCUAGAACCCCCCCGCCCCGCUGUCCCUCCUUCUUUUCGCACCAUCCUCACCCCUCUCUGUUUGAUACGCUCACAGCCGUGAGGUUUUUUUGGGAUGAAAACCGUACUGUAUCGCUCAUUAGUUUGCGUCCCAAAUGGAGCCCUAGUCAAAAGUAGUACACUAUAUAGGGAAUAGGGUGCUAUUUGGGACAUACAUAGUCUCUCUUCAGUUUUACUUGACUCCCUUUCUCACUACCAGCCACUACAGGUCUUAACGUUAUAGUCUUUGAAUUCCCUCAUUUGACAGAAUAUUUUCCUCCUCCUGUCGUGUUCAUCUCUUUCCUUUCUGUGUCUUUUUAGAGGUGUAACGUUUUGUUCAUCCCUCUCUCUAUCCCCCAUAAUGUUAUUGUUAGUGUUGAACCAGAGGGCUCGUGGGUUGCGUCCCAAAUGUCACCCUAUUCCCAAUAUAGUGCACUACUUUUGAAAAAGAAGUGCACUAUAUAGAGAAUAGGAUACCAUUUGGGCUGCAACCUUUAUCUUGGUGAAUUGUGUUGGUUGCCCUACUGCAGUUGCUCAAUGGGACUGGAACAUGCCUGUAGCAUUGCAAUCAAUGAUAUAAAUAUUUUCUGAAAUGUUUUGCAGAAAUUCUUUUUUUUUUUUCAUUUGUGGUUUUUACAAGAAAAAAAGAGAAAUAAAACAAGAAAAAUCUUCAAUGAA